AUGUAUGCGAAAUCCGGUCUCAUUACGGUUUCAGAGCUAGUCUUUGAUAAAAUUAUUGAGAGAGAUACAGUGGUUUGGCAUGCCAUGAUUGCUUGUUAUGUGCAAAAUGGGGUGGGCGAUAAGGCCUUUGCCAUCUUUCAGGAGAUGCAGGAGCAAGGAUGCACACCCAACUCAGUAACAAUUGCCUCUUUGCUCCCUGUUUGUAACCUCACAGCAUCGAUACGAAUGGCUUCAUCAGAAAAGAUCUUCAAUCAAAUGCCUCAAAAGAGCACCAUCUCUUAUACUACUAUGAUAUCUUGCUAUGGCCAAAGGGCUCUAGAACUCUUCAAUCAUAUGCCUAAACUUGGGAUAAAGCCGGAUAGGAUCACUUAUGUAGCUGUGUUAUCAGCUUGUGCAUUCUCUGGGCUUGUGGAUGAGGGGAUUCAGAUAUUCGAUUCAAUGGUGGGUGAGAAAAAACCUGGAAUGGAACACCACUGUUGUGUUGUGGAUAUGUUGGGUCGGGCGGGUAGAGUGAGAGAGGCUUAUGAAUUUGUGGAAAAUAUGGGGACAGAGGCUGAUGUGAGGAUAUGGGGUUCUUUAUUAGGGGCCUGUAAGAUCCAUGGAGAACUAGAGUUAGGGAAGGUAGUUGCUAAGAGGUUGUUUGAGGUGGAGAAAGGGUUGGUAGGCUACCAUGUAUUGUUGUCAAAUAUGUAUGCUUCAAAGGGAAGGUGGGAGAGUGUGGACAUGGUGAGGAGAGGGAUAAAGGAGAUGGGGCUAAAAAAGGAGCCUGGCUGUAGCUGGAUUGAGGUAGGGGGAUGCGUUCAUUUGUUUGUGGCAAAAGACCAAAAGCACCCUCAAUCUGAUGAGAUAUAUGCCAAACUAAGAGAUCUAGAUGCUGAUAUGAGGUUGCUGGGGCUGUAA